AUGCUAAUUAAUUUUUUGUUAUUCAAUCUAUUAAUUAUUGCAAGUUUAGGGGAAUUACCAACAAGUACUCCAAUUAAUCUUCCAACUGAAAUAAGUACAAGCCUGAGUAGUGAAACUGUUAAUAUUAAUGAAUGUUCAAAAUCUAUAGAAAAUGUCUAUGCUGCUUCAUUUAUUUUUGACUCACCUAAAGAGACAGUUAUUAAUUAUGAAACAACUUCUUCUUUAGAGUUUAAAGUAAUGUUACAAAGUAGUUCUUCAGAAGAAUGUAUUUUAUUAGAGAAGAAUAAAGCUAUAAAUAUCACAACAACACUUCAAUAUAGAGUCAUUGUUAUUUCAUCUACUGCAUUAGUAGAAAAUCAAUCAAUUAAGUUUUCAUUAAAUUAUAUACCACAACAAAAUGAUACUAUUGGAACUAUUUCUGAUUACCCCUUUUUUCAUAUGGCAACUGUCCCAUCUUUACUUAUGUCUUCUUCAGAUAGUUGUCAAUUUCAAACAACUACUCCGUAUAAUAGUCUUUAUGGAUAUACUUAUCAAAUUAAAUCAAACACUGAUGAUAUUCUUGAAAUAAAUACAUGUGGUUAUAGUGAAGGAGUUACUGGUAUCUUUGUAACUAAUGGAGAUAAAUGUGUAAAGACUAUUAAUUCAUUUCAAACAGCUGAUGUUCAAUGUUUUGAUGGAGCUGGUUCUCGUUUAGAAAUAGAAAUACAUCCAGAUUUAAUACUAAAUAUUCAUGUUGGAUUUCUCUCAACUUCAGAAAAAGAAAGAAUGUUUUUGUUAAAUAUUACAAAAAUUGGUGAUGCUGAAGAAGAACAUGAAGACUGGCAACUCUGGAUGUGGUUUGGUAUUGUUACUGUAGUGAUUAUGGCAAUUAUUAUAUUGAUGGUGGUUGCUAUUUUCAUUUAUGAAUUUAUUCAAAAAAAGCGAUAUAAUCGUUUCUCAGAAACAUUUUAA